GCGGCGUCCUCGCGACUCGCGCCGCAGUCUGCGCCCGACCCGCGACCACGAGGGUCGUUAGUGUUGUUUUGAUGAAUGUUCCGUUAUUGUUAUUCAGGGAUCGCUUCGUUUUCGCAAUAUACCGCACGCUCCGGUACUCAUAAACUAUAAACAAUUCCCAUUUUCAUUCAACGUACUCUGCGGGAUCGACUCGCAACUUCUUCAGUGAUUGUUUGGCCGAACUGUCAGUGCGCGUGUUGUGCUUUAUCGAUAACAUAACCUGUACGGCUUCAAGGGCACAGGGGAGCGACACAUCGUUGUGCUUUGGAUGCGGUGUUGUAACGGCUCGACUGAGUCCAGCGGUUGAUCUUGUAAAAUUUUAAGUGGGCGUAUUCAAAAGUUUGAGAAUCGAUCGGGUGACGUGCGUGCGUGGGAUUGAAUUUACGUAAUCUUUGUUUACCUUGGGAAUAUGCAUUGUGCUAACUGUCCGCUGUGACACCACUUGCAACAUUUUGUCCGUCAACUCUCCUGUUUAGAUCCUUGGCGUUCUCUUUUACGGACCGGUCAGCGUUUGAAGACGAAUAAUCGAGAUUAGAUUGGCAAAGCUUUCUAAAGCUUGUUUGCUACAUCACACCAGAUGGUAUUUGGAAUGAGCCAAAUUAUAAACCAACUGUACCGACCACCGGAUCUCACGUCCAGAGCGUGGGCGUGAGAUGGCACGCGCGGGCAUGUUGCACAGGGGAGGAAAAAAUGGAGCCGACGGGUGUGAUGACGUACAGCGUUCGCUGGAAUUGCUGGACCAAGUGCUGAGCGAGUACGACGAGGGCGAGCCGCGCUCGCUGGAGGCCCGCGCCGCUGCCACGGCUGCCGCGCCGGCUACGCCCGCGACGCCCGCCACGCCUGCCACUCCUGCCACGCCCGCUACGGACGACGACUCGCCGCUUGCGGGACACACAUCGGAGGACGAUGGAUACAUGAGCAUGAACGGAAGACGAGCGAAAUUCGCGUUAGGGUUCCGGCCGACGGAGGAGCGCGAGGAACCCUCGCCCCCCGACCCGCCGUCCCCGCGCUCCCCGCAUUCGCCGCAAUCCCCGCCGCCGCCGGAGGAGGCGCAGCGGAUCAUCUCUACGUUGCUACCCAAAGUGUCACCGGCAAAUUCUGGGAAGCGGACCAUUUCUGCGGAGAGGACCGAAGCUGAAAAACUGGAUUCUAUUAUUAGUGUCAAUGGAAUAACAACUGCAACUCAGACAACAUUUCCGAAAACCAGACAUCAGCGGCCAUAUGGCUGGGAUAAGGAGGUGGAGACGAACGGUUUCCAGCUGCAGCCAGCGCCCGCGCCGCCCUAUCGAUUCUCCUCGCUGCAGCACGGCGCUCGCCCGCCGCAGGACUCGGCCGCCUGGCUGCCGCCGCGACACGCACCCGUCAUCAAGUCGCCCAGCUUCGACAGUCCCCCGGUCUUCCCCUUUAUGGGCUUCUCCAGCGAAUUCAACGACAAACCGUACAAUGAACACCCCGUCACUAUAUACCCGGGACCCAACAUCCAGUUCAAUAGACAAACUAACUCGCCCACUUACAACUUACAAAAGAUAUCACCUUCGAAUUUAAAGAAUUUAGACAGGAAGAACGUAAAACGCGACAGCAGAUCGGACGGGGAGAUGCUGUCGCCGCGAGGUAAGAUACCUCCGCGGACUCUCGCCGGUUCUAUGGAGAGGCAUAGAGAAGUGUGUAGAGGUUCUUCGGAGGACGUAAUGGACGGGCGCAAGACGAGAGGCUCGAGCCGGAGCAACGACGACGAGCACUUCUCCGACGACUCCCUGGAGGAGCCGUUCCCCCCGCCCCCGCCGCCGCCCGCCGCCACCACGCCCUCCAAGCGCAACUCCAUCGCCUGGGAAGUCUCCCUCGACGGUGAUGAUCCCCUUCUCACUCCGGGUAGCACUAAGGUUAUUGGCCGUAGAAGACGAAAAUCGGGGGAUCAGUCGCACUCGAGCACAAGUUCAAUACCGCAGAGGCUGGACGACGAUUGGGGCGAGGAGUACUGGCCCCCGCCCCCCGCGCAGUGCUCCCCGCUCGCCUCGCCCGCCGUACAUAACCCCGCCGGCACCGCACACUGCGCCUCGCCCGCCUCAGACCUCGAGCACGACGCCCGCCGCGACUUCGCCUGCGGCACAUACGUCAUCAGGAAGGGCAAGAACAGGAAACAGCUCCCGACAUUCAAUAAAACCCCCACCACCAAAACCAAUACAAACAAUCUAAUUCAAACCCACAGUCUCAAUAGAAGCACCGACAAAUCAAUAGACGGCUCCAGCAUAUCUAUCAGCGGCUCCGGAUCCGUCAGCUCGUACAACUCCAGACCGAGUUCAGACUUAAGUUUGCCGCAGUCGCGCUACAGCGUCGACCUCAACUCCCGUCUCAGUCGGGAACUGAAUACGCCCAAUUCCAGGUACAGCAUAGACCUGUGCACGCCCAACUCCAGACUGAGCAAGGAGAUGACGUCGCCCAAGUCCAGGCUUAGUCUGGAUCUCAACAACGGCCAAGAUAGAUACAUCAACCCGGAAUUCUUCGGUCACAGCCCUAGAAGCAGAAAAGCGAGCGCGGAAAAGCCCGGCACGCCCAAAUGUAACGUGUCUCAAAGCAAACUGUCGCCGCAGAACAGGUUUACCGAUUUUAAAAAGUAUUCGUCGACAUUCGAUAACAUACAGUCGUUAAUUAAGGAAGGUAAAGUGGAGGAAGCUCCGCAGAUAGAGUGCAACGAGACGGUGAACGAAUUGACCACCGUUCCACCCAACAUCGUCCGAGUGAUAUCGUUGCCGAGCCUCGGCGAGGGGGAGGUGAACGGCGCGGCGCGGCAGGCUCUCAUCACCACGGUGGAGGAGGAGGAGGACGCGGAGAGCGGCGAGCCCGGCUCCAGCGGGGACACCUCGCCGCUCCGCAAGAUCGAAAAUAAUAUUAGCGCUAUUCUAAGUCAGGGACGGGACCAAAAGCACUUUACGCCGUACAUGCCUAAAGACUGGAAUAUACAUAAGGACGAGUACUGUGAUGAUGUAUCUAAGGAGAUUUUAGAAACCAAUUACCGCUAUAGCUCUAGGGACAAGCAGAGGAGACACGACAUCCAGAAGUCGUCGAGUCACAAUGAAAUACAAAACAGAUCGAUCGACCGCCGCGAUCGUUCGUCGGGCAGACGGUCGAACAGUAUGCACAAGUCGGCCAGCUCGAAGGACGCGCCCGUCGGCUUAGUGCGUCAGCCCUCAUCGUCCGACUCAGCCGUAUCGAGCGGAGGAGACUUUCCGCUAAAUGUCCAAAUAGUGGAACACCCCUACAGGCCUCCUUUGCCCCCGUCACCCAACCUCGGCCACGAGAGGGGACCUCUCCCGCAAACUCCCGAGUCUCCCAAAUUCCCUCCGCUGCCUCCCUCUCCUGUGCAAGAGGUUGAGGACGAAUACACGGAGAUCAUGCAGCCGACCGAGCGGCGUCACGUUAAAAAAGCUGAUACCUUACCAACUCCCACCUUGGAGUCAAGAAGGAGGCCUUCAGAGCCGCCGGCGGUGCCUCCGCAUCGGGACGCCACUAACAGCCUGAAGACGCGCUCCAUGGAAGCCGGCUACAACAAGAACCGCAGGAGCAGCAACUUCAAAUCUGGUUCCACGGACAGAAGAACUUUACCCACAGAUGUGGGUGCAAGUGGGGCUCGUCGUCGCACCCUGCAGCGUCAGAACCGAGACACGUCAGCAGGAUCGCGAGGUCCUCUGCAGACAUCAGCGAGCCUGCCCGAGACGCCGGUGUUCGCGCGCGGCUGCGACGUACCGCGUACUCCGCCCAGGAACUCCACGGGACCACCGCGCAAUAACACUAUGAAUUCUAUACAGACCAUAGGGAGUUCAGCGACGCUGGGCGGUUACGGGCGCGGGUCUGUGAUGGGCGCGGCGUCGGGCGUGUGUACAGGCGCCGACCUGCUGCGGCUGGGUGGACCACCGCGCGGCUGGUAUCCAAGACAACGGCACAGGCCUGCGUCCACAGAGCACUUAGACAGACUGACCACGUCGUCGAAAAUAGGAGUGGACCAUCCCGUGGCUUGGGAAGGUUCCGGCGCGCGCAAACCAUUAACGCUCCCGCCAAACCUUACGCCCAAAUUCUUCCAGAAAUCACCGCGAGAAGCGCUUCGUAGAGUCACGAGCUUAUUAAUAAGAAAAGGUAAUAAUGGUAAGGAGAAGGAGAAUGCUCGCAGCAAGGAGGCAACGUCGCCGGCGGCGCGCUCUGCUAACGGCGAUGAACAUCCAGGACAGAAACAACGCAAAGGAUUCUUUAGAAGCUUCUGGAAAAAAUCUCGCCACUAUUCCUUGGAGCAUCCGUGACGAGACAAGUCGAUCUGUGGUAUGACCAUGAAGUCUCUUCCGUAGCCAUUGCGAAUGGGGAAGGAACUACGUGACGAGGGCACGUAACUAUUCGUUAAGUAUGUAUACCACGCCGCGAGUUAAAUAAGUCAUUUCUGUUGUUUUGAUCUAAAUAAUGUAAUAUUAAUUCAAUGAUUUCAUGCAAGAGGGAUAAAGUUGUAGUUAGAAAUAAAACGUUUGCCAUACGACAUGGAAGCUGCCAGCACUGUAGCCGGUACGCACAUUACAACACGUGACUUUUUAUUUGUCUUGUCUGUUGUAUUCUUUACAUGACUCUGUUGAGUCGGUUGUAUAGCGAUACGUGCAUAAGAUUAUAUAACACGCAUAAUUUAUUUGUAAGAUGAUAAUAAGCAUGAUUUUUGUGCAAUUUUAAAACUUUUCUUUCUUAUAAAUAGAUGUAGAAAUGUAGAUAGCUGACCAUGUAGUAACUUAUGUACAUCCAACGUUUUCUUUUUAUUGGUAUUUAUAAGUAAUUAUAACUGCAAAUCGACCCCUAUGUAUUCGCAAAACUAUUUAUGCCGAGUUAUUGAAUCUACGCUUUAUCUACACACAACUUAUAUAAGAUUAACUUUUAAAUGAAUCGUUGGAUACUAAUUACUUUGUACUGUAGGGUUAGAUCGUGCAAGAUGGUCCUCGUGUUCCGUAUGAUACAUCUUGAAGAACCAAAUCACUUGAUAGGCAUUAGCUACGAGUCUUAACAUUUUAUACCGAUCCUUGUAUUCGAGUGUACUUAACUCUUAUUAUUGUAGAUUUUGUCAAGGAAAAUAAAUUAUGUUCAUUAGCAGUAAAUAUUGUUUCAUUGAUUU